AUGAUAUUUGCCAUUGAGGAGAUAAACGACAGCAGCAGCCUGCUGCCUAACAUCACACUGGGAUACAGAAUCUUUGACACGUGCAACACAGUGUCUAAAGCUCUGGAAGCCACUUUGAGUUUUGUAGCUCAGAAUAAGAUCGACUCUUUGAAUCUAGAUGAAUUCUGUAACUGCACAGACCACAUACCGUCGACCAUUGCCGUUGUGGGAGCCGCAGGGUCCGCUGUUUCCACUGCAGUAGCCAACCUUCUGGGCCUGUUUUACAUUCCUCAGAUAAGCUAUGCCUCCUCCAGUCGUUUGCUGAGUAACAAAAAACAGUACAAGUCAUUCAUGCGGACCAUCCCCAAUGACGAGUACCAGGCCACAGCAAUGGCUGACAUCAUUGAGCACUUUGAGUGGAACUGGGUCAUUGCUGUGGCAUCAGACGAUGACUACGGACGCCCAGGUAUUGAGAAGUUUGAAAAGGAGAUGGAAGAGCGGGACAUCUGCAUACACCUGAAUGAACUCAUCUCCCAGUAUUUUGAGGAGCAUGAAAUCAAGGCUCUGGCAGACAGGAUAGAAAACUCCACUGCUAAAGUUCUGAAACAACUGAGACACUUGAACUACAUCAACAGUGCUGGAGACAAAGUGCACUUUGGUGAAAACACAGACUUUGUGGCAAACUACACCAUUGUGAACUGGCAGCGGUCAGCUGAAGACUCAGUCAUGUUUGAGGAGGUGGGCUUUUACAAUGUGCACGGCAGAAAAGGAGCCAAAUUGUUCAUCAACAAGACAAAUAUCUUGUGGAACGGACACAUAUCUGAGCAGGUGCCGUUCUCAAACUGCAGUGAGGACUGUGAACCUGGCACGAGGAAGGGCAUCAUUGACAGUAUGCCCACAUGCUGCUUUGAAUGCACUGAAUGUUCAGAUGGAGAGUACAGCAAUCAGAGAGUGAAGGCGACCAACCGAGAGCUGUCAUAUGUGCUGCUCUUCUCGCUCAUCUGCUGCUUCUCCAGCAGCCUCGUCUUCAUCGGGGAGCCUCAGGACUGGACCUGCCGCGUCCGCCAACCUGCUUUUGGCAUCAGUUUUGUUUUGUGCAUCUCCUGCAUUCUGGUCAAAACCAACAGAGUGCUUCUAGUAUUUGAAGCAAAGAUCCCCACAAGCCUCCAUAGAAAAUGGUGGGGGCUAAACCUGCAGUUUCUGUUGGUCUUUCUCUUCACCUUUGUCCAGGUGAUGAUCUGUGUGGUGUGGUUGUACAAUGCACCUCCAUCCAGCUACAGAAACUAUGACAUUGAUGAGAUUAUUUUCAUCACUUGUAAUGAAGGCUCCAUGAUGGCUUUGGGCUUUCUCAUCGGUUACACCUGUUUCUUGGCUGCUAUCUGUUUCUUUUUUGCAUUCAAGUCACGCAAACUUCCUGAAAACUUUACAGAGGCCAAGUUCAUCACGUUUAGCAUGCUGAUAUUCUUUAUAGUGUGGAUCUCCUUCAUCCCAGCCUACUUCAGCACUUAUGGCAAAUUUGUGUCUGCGGUGGAAGUCAUUGCUAUUCUGGCAUCCAGCUUUGGGCUGCUGGCCUGUAUUUUCUUCACUAAAGUCUAUAUAAUUCUCUUCAAACCCUCCAGAAACACCAUUGAAGAGGUCAGAUGCAGGACCGCAGCCCACGCCUUCAAAGUGGCCGCAAAAGCAACUCUAAAACAUGGAGCUGUUUCUAGAAAGAAGUCAAACAGCAUUGGAGGGUCGUCCACCCCAUCUCCGUCUUCCACCAUCAGUCUCAGGACCAACGGGCAUGACAGUGAUCCCAGCUCCAGGCCCCGGGUGAGCUUAGGCAGUGGGACGGUCACUCUGUCUCUGAGCUUAGAAGAGUCACGCAGGAGCUCUGUUAUGUAA